AUGGUUAGUUUAUCCGAGGAUGAAGAAUGUCGAUUUUUCGAUGCUCAAGAUACCAUCAUUGGCUCACUCGACUCACUUCCUGAUCCAAUCUCUGAAACCGACGAACCUAGUAUCCAUGGGGUUCAUAAUCAUGAUUUCCAAUAUCGUAUCUGGGCUAAUGCUCCUAUAAGUGUUCACCAACGAAAGAAUUCUUUCCUUAGAUUCAUGGGUUUAAGCUCAGAUGCUAAAAUCCUGGAACAAAAUACGAUUGAUGAUGAUUUAUUGAAGAAGGAAACUCACGAUAGGAUGAUGCAGAUCAGUGGAACUGUGUUGAGAAUCCCACUUGAAGAAGAUUCUUUAAGUUCUGCUGUUUCCAGAAUUCAAGAUUCUAAUGGUAGUACGAACUGCAAAGAAGAAGAAGUAGAUGGACACAACAUAUUGACCCGAUUAGAAGUUGUAUCGUCUCCAUCGGUUCAGAAACUCGUAGAUAGACACAUUAAGGUUGCUGACACCAUGGCGAAAACGAUGAACAGAGUAAAGGGUCAAUUCUUGUGCAGGUUACGAUCCAUGGCGUGCAUUGUUCAUAAAGAAGGAAGGUCUGAUGGUUUUGGUUCACAGGAAGUUGGUUCGCGUCACUGGCCCAAGGUUCAAAGAGUCAAGGUUCGCCACAGUGGGAAGAGAUUGAAGGAACUAUCAGCCGUAUUUAUUGGGCAAGAUAUCCAAGCUCACAAAGGUUCGAUAUUGACCAUGAAAUUUAGUCUUGAUGGCCAAUAUCUGGCUAGUGCUGGAGAGGAUGCGGUUGUGCGCGUUUGGCAAGUGGUGGAAGACGAAAGAUCGAAUGACAUCGACAUCCCAGAUGUCGACCCCUCUUGUCUGUACUUCACGGUGAAUAAUCUUUCUGAAUUGGCACCGUUAACGGUUGCUAAACAGAAGAUUAGUAUGCUGAAGAGCCUAAGAAAGACUAAAAACUCAGCUUGUAUCAUCUUUCCUCCUAAAGUGUUUCGGAUACUGGAGAAACCAGUUCAUGAGUUCCAUGGACACAAAGGGGAAGUCCUGGACCUUUCAUGGUCUAGGGAUAACCUUCUGCUAUCAUCAUCGGUUGAUCAAACCGUCCGGUUAUGGAGGGUUGGGAGUGAUCAUUGCGUUAAAGUCUUUCCACACAGCAACUACGUGACAUGUGUCCAGUUCCAGCCUGUAGACGAAGAUUAUUUCGUAAGCGGUUCAAUUGAUGGAAAAGUUCGGACUUGGUCCGUUUCCGGUUGCCAGGUUGUUGAUUGGAUAGACGUACGAGAAAUAGUCACUGCUGUGGCUUACAGUCCCAAUGGAAAGGGUGGAGUCAUUGGAUCCAUGACAGGUUGUUGCAGUUUCUUUAGUUUGUCAGAUAAUCAUUUCCAACUAGAAGCUUCAGUAUCGUUAAAUAGUAAAAAGAAGUCGCCUUUCAAGAGGAUAAUCGGCUUUCAGUUCUGCCCACAAGAUCCAGCCAAAAUUAUGGUCACUUGCGGCGAUUCCCAUGUCAGAAUUCUCCAUGGCACCAACAUCAUUGCCAAAUACAGGGGUCAACGGAAUGCUGGAAAUCCGUUAUCUGCAGCAUUCACUGCAGAUGGGAAACGUAUAGUUUCGGCAAGUGAGGAUUCUAAUGUAUAUGUUUGGAACUGUAACGAUCAGAAAGGACCUUCUGUUUACCAACAAAAGACUGUCAGAUCCUAUGAAUGCUUCUCUGCUGGUGCCUCAGUUGCGUUGCCGUGGUCUGGCCUGAAGGUUCAUAAAAGUACAGGGGACGGGAGGGAGUUAGAAGACGGUUUGUUGAAACCGUUGCCAUUUUCUUCCCCUAGUUACUUCUCUCUGGACCAAGAGUACUUUCCAGAGUCGAUGCCAAAGGUUUCCGCAACUUGGCCUGAAGAAAAGCUUCCAUCUUCUAGUUCAUCCCCUGGCAUAUUGUCUCCAUUGUGUAAAUCUCGAUACAAAUUCUUCCGAUCUUGCCAGAGUUCGUAUAGUUGUCAUGCAUGGGGCCUGGUGAUUGUUACUGCAGGCUGGGAUGGACGGAUCAGAUCAUUCCUCAACUACGGACUACCAGUAACUGUUUGAAGAAAAAUUAGUCUUUAUGGAAUGAAUGAGCAUAACAAGACCAUCAGUUUGAUCAUGUGGUACAACAAGAACACCCAAGACUCCAUAUUUGAUUGAGGGAUUCUCUGAAUUGCUUAUUCGAGAAUUUUGUCUGCUGGCCCCUGGGUAGAGAUGGAGUUAUCGGGGAUGGGGCCUGUUGAAGAUGCUGAGAAUCCGGUAGGUGGGUUUCAUUUGAAAUGGGAAGCUGGUGGUUGUGACGACUUUUUAGGAGGGGCCUAGAAAAGUGGUACGGCAGUGUUUUUGGGCAGUGGUGAAUGAUUGAGUACGAAGUGGGGUCGAAGCUAAACGAGGAAAUGGGCAGCAAAGGCAAGUUAUGUGCCUGUGGCUUUACUUUUGGUCCAAGCAUUCUUCUGAUAAAAUGGGGGGUAAAAAGCAAAAUAUCUUCAUGACUUUAUUGGUGGGCAUUGAAGGGCGAUAUUGUCUUUUACUUUACUUACAAAGUUGCAAAAUGGUGUUUGGCAUUUUGUAAUUUGAUGCAGCAUCGUGUAGCAAAGGGAUCGUUGUCUGGAGUGGAUGCAAUAUGUACAUACGUGCCAUUUAUAUGGUUUUCAACUGUAAUUAUAAUUUUGGCUUUAAUGCUUUCUUUGC